CUACCUUUAUCUGUAUUCCGCUUUUCAAACAGAACCCUGAGUACGAUCAUUGACGAAAUGGAGUGGUUUACGAAGUGUUGUCUGCUGGUGAUUUUGGCCGUGUGCUUCGGCAGUAGUUUCGUGCUUGGAGACGGUAGGAACCUACAAGGGUACAACGGCGAUCUUUACAAUGGCGAAUUCGAGAACGAAGAGGGUACGGAAGCUUUACGGAAUAUCAUCGGUCAGAUCAUCGAUGACGUCGACGCUAAAAAUAACAUCCGGACGGCCAUCUUGGAGGACACCCUUGAGCAUGCGCAGUACGAGCCAGACAAGAGGUCCGGCCGGUGCCGCUCGGGAACAAAGUGUAUCAUGAGAGGUCCGAACCCAAACACAGCCAGCCGGGUUCUACCAUUCGGAAAGAGGGAGGACGACUCGCCCAACAAGCUAGCACGGAGGGGACGCGGACCACCCAAGAACUCCAGAGCUCGGGGCGGCAGGACCCUACUGCCUUUUGGGAAAAGACGCUAACUCAGUCGAUUGUGAAGUAUUUUAUUUCCCAUAAUUAUUUUGACAUUAUGUUUUUCCUUGAAAACAACAACCAAAAACUGUCCUUUUUAAAAAUUAAUCGCAAAUAUUGAUUAUGCCAAUCAUAAAAGUUGGUAAGCAGAAACAAUUCUAACCAUCAAGGAGCCAAUUCAAAAUAAUGUUUUGACCAAAACCAACACAGAUGCUUAGCAAAAACUGUAAGCACCAAGUAUAAAACCUUACAGGGCUAUGGAACUAGUACCUCCUAGCAGAUAUAUUUACUUGUAAAUAAUAUCCUUAUUGGAAAACACCGCCCUCUCGUGUUUUGCAUAUAAAUAGGAGGACAACUUUAAACUCAAGCUGUCAGUAGGUAGAAGACAAAAAAUUGAAAUAGUCAAAAACACAUUUUGCCUAAUGAGCUUCAGUUUUGGCAACAAUUUUUAGAUGGUUGUCUUUUAAAUUAAUAUGCUAGAAUCUGAUAGUCGGUUAUGAUUUUGAUUGGUAAGACUGCCUUUAAGUGUAAGAUUCCCGUACUGCGCAUGACUGAAUGGUCUGAUUUGUAAUUUUUCUUAUGAUUAUUGCAAGCUCUUGGCACAUGCAGACAACAAAACACACACAAAUUAAACUUGCAUUUGAAAACCAGAGAGCCAAAUGUUAUAGAGCUGCUUAAACACAAAAACUAGCUUACAAGAAAAAAGUUACCAGUUAAGAAUAUCAUUUCACAUGUAUGAUUUGUGACUGGUAUUCUGCCUAAUGUUGAUUAGCAAAAAUUUAUCCAAUGCAAUGAGGACGAAAGUUCCAAGAAAAUACAAAAAAAUGACUAAUCCGGCAAUUUAGGCAAAUCCACUGCAUCAAUUCGAAAAAAUAAAAUAAAAAUCGGGAAACAAUCGUGAGUGUUUAGACAAACAAAAACACUUGUAAUAUUGGUUCGCCUUAUCUUUUCUAGCAACCAACAGUAGACUUUAAUGUUUAACAUCGCAUAUAUAUACACAUUAACAUAAAUUAUUAAAAUAUUAUUCAUAAUAUUCAGUUUUAUUUAUCAUUAUAGGGAGAUUGUAUCAAACGCCACCGACAUUAUUGAUGUAAAUUUAAUUAAUGUAUUUGUUUCGAAGAAGCACGGUGAUAAACUCACAUAUUUGCCUGUUGUAUUGAAUUAAAAAGUAGAGAAUAGAAAUAUUAAAUUCGUGAACUGACAUGGUUUGGGACUAGUGAUGUUUUCUUACGCGAUGUUACGCAAGAAAAAAAUAUUAUUACGAGUAAAACAAAUUUAUGUAAAUAGUAGAAAUUAUUUCAAGUUUAGAUCUAACAGCUGACGCUAAAAACGGAACAAGACUUAUAGAUAAAUUAUAUGCUAUAAUUUUUCGUUUGCGAAUUUUUUGUUCAGUAUGACUUCGGAAACCAAUUUGAACAACGAACCUUAA